AUGGCACCAACAGCAGUUUCACAAAAAAUUGAAGACCUUGGCAAUACAUUGAAGCAAACCAAGCUUUCCAACAAGAUUGAGGGAGUUAUUAACUACGGUGAUCUUAAGGCUAAAGCUGCUAAUAUUCAAAAGGCUGAACAGGAAAACGAUGACGCAUACCCUUAUGAGUUUUUGCGUCCUUCGCAUCCUGAAAUCAAGUGGGAACCUAUUGGAGAACUUGAAUUCCAUGACGUUGGUCUGGAUGCUCCACAGGCCAAACGCGAGGAUAACUUAUCUGGAGUCUUUAGUAAUGAUGAUUAUUCCAACUUGUUCAGCAAGGCUACCAAGAUUGUUCAUUUGACUCAUAAAGUUGGCACUGAGUUACAUGGAGUUAACCUUGCUGAUUUAACAGAUGUUGAGAAGCGAGAGCUGGCUCUUUUGAUUGCUCGACGCGUUGUUGUUUUCUUCAAAAAGCAAACCGAUCUUACCAUUGAGAAGCAACUAGAACUUGGAGAGUUUUAUGGUCCUUUACACCGUCAUGCCACCACUGGGUUGCCUAAAGGCUUUGACGUCAACAACAAGGACACAAAGUAUUUGGACCAGGUGCACGUGAUUUGGGCUGAUAGUAAACGUCUUCCUCGCUCGUACAGUGCAUUCCCGUCGACGUUUUUGUGGCACAGUGAUGUAUCCUACGAAGUGCAGCCUCCUUCUUAUACGUCACUCAAGUUGUUAACUGCUCCAACUACUGGAGGAGAUACUUUGUGGAUUUCUGGAUACGAUUUGUAUGACCAAUUGUCGCCUGCUCUCAAGGUCUAUGUUGAAUCUCAUAGUGCUCUUCAUAGUGCUGUUGAACAGGCCAACGAUGCCAAGCGAGCAGGCACAACUGUUCGUCGUGAGCCGAUUGUGACUGAGCAUCCUCUUGUUCGUGUGCACCCUGUGACUGGAUGGAAGGCAUUGUAUGUUAAUCCUGGGUUUACACGAUCAAUUGUUGGUGUUCCUAAAGGUGAGAGUGAUGCAAUUCUCAAGUAUUUAUUUGAGCUUGUUGCAACUUCUCAAGCGGCCACUGUGCGAUUUAAGUGGGAGAAGGAUGAUGUUGCUUACUGGGAUAACCGAAUUGCAGUUCACUCAGCAACUUAUGGAUUUUAUCCUGAGCGCCGUCAUGGUGUGCGUGUGACUGCACAUGGAGAGAAGCCUAGUUAUGAUGCUGCUGGACAUUCUCAGCAGGCGGAUAUUGAUGAACUUUUGAGAGUUGUUCGUGACACAGAUGGGUCUUUGGGUGGUAACUACAAUGAUUAA